AAUCUAAUAAACGUAAAUAAGAUAAGUCACAAAUUGGAGGUCCGAGUCUCCAUCUUCUUUCAUCGUCAGCUUGCAGAUGCUACGUCAUGCCACCACAAAAGCAAGGCGAACUACUGUCGUGCUUGAUUUCCUUGCGCCGACUGCGUUCGGAUACCGUCUCGGUAGCUCCAAAGUGCGACCUUCGGUGACAAAACUAUCCAAAAGACACGACACGGAGAGGCUCGCAGAAUUUCCAGUCUCUGUAUGCACACAAAGCCCGGCAAUUCUUUGUCAAAACAUCAAACAACGUAUCAGCUUACUGAGCCAGUCAGGCGCUGCUGCUGUCUCCGACCCAGAUAUUAACUUCUUUGACGAAAAGGUUGUCGAGCUUCGUCUCGCUCUGAAGGCUGGUGACAUCGCGCGAGUAGGAGAGCUAUGGUCGCAGUUGGAAGAUAGAAAGUUACUGCGACUCCUCGGUCCAGAGUUGCGUGGGUUUUCCGAGCGCGCUGCUCAGCUGUGCUUCACGGGCAACUCUGAGCCUUGGCACGCAGACGAGAGGAAGGUCAUCGAGGGCAUAGCCAUUGCUGCCGCCUUUGAGGGUGCAGUCAAUGCCCUCACGACUUGUAUGAUUGCACAUAUAAAGAGAGGCGACUCGCAGGCAGCCCUUCACCUGUACAGACGUUUUCUGGUUCACUCCAGCAACCAGACCGUGUCUGAGCCCCUACCAUCCCCAACGCAGGAAGAUGUUGAGGAUAAGAAUGGGCUAGCUCUCAAUUUUCUAGGCGACCAGCUAUCCCACCAAUCCAAUUUCUCACUCAUCCUCGCAGCAAUAGCCGCACAUGCACUCGAAGAUUCAUUCGAGGGCGCACUGAAGAUAAUGCUCGACAAUCCUGUACGCAUAAAUCAGUCUGCUCAGAAAGAGUUCACGGCAUCGUUUGAUGACAUCUCGUUCCGGACAAAAGUUCAAAGUUAUGUUCGCCGGGCUGACAUCGCAAGACUCAUCUCUCGCCAACACUCACUCAGCACUCAUAUCACAAAUCUCUCAAGGGAUCAGGAUCUUUCACAGAUCCAGAACUUAUACCGGGCAAUCAUCGACGGUUUGAAUGGUCCAGAGCCAUAUCUCGCUACCCGUGAUUCCCAGAAGUCCAACCAAAGACCUGUGGUAGUCCAAGAGAUCGUCUGGGCAGCAUUCUUGACAGGGUUUUUGCGGUGCCACCGUCGGGACCUGGCGGAGAAUCUCUGGAAUGACAUGCUUAAAUGUGGCAUCCAGCCUGGUGUUAUCACCUGGACAGCGCUCUUGGAUGGGUUUGAUAGCAUGGGAGAAGCUGAUGCCGCUUCCACCAGUUGGGAUAACAUGGUUUCCCAAGGGAUUCGACCGGGAAUUUUGACAUAUCGCGCUGUCAUCUCGACCUUAUUUAACGCUUGGAGACCAGACGACGCUACUGAGAAAUUUGCAAUAUUUAAGCGGGAGCUUGCUAACGGUUCGUUGCCGAACACUGCGGACGCAUUGCCUGUAUACAAUACAGUACUGCACGGUCUUCUCAAUAAUAGACGACCGGGUGACGCCGAUGCGUUGCUGCAGAAUUUGCGGCAGAAUGGCCCAAAGCCAGACAUCGUUUCCUACAAUACUUUCCUGCGUCACCAUGGCCGCAGAGGCGAAUUCCGUGCGGUGUCGGUGUUACUCGAGCGUCUCCGAGAAGAUGGGCUGACCGGCGAUGCGUUCACGUUCUCCUCUGUACUUUCAGCUCUUCUCAGGGUUGGGCGUACUGACGCUAUCGACAUUAUUUUGAAUCUGAUGAAGAAGCAAAAUGUGGUGCCCAACGUCGCCGUCUUCAGCGCGAUCAUAGACCAACAGCUUCGCGAGCCAUGGGAGGAAGGUCUUAGAACAGCAAUGGAGCUACUUCAGAGGAUGGAAACGAAUCCGGAUGCCCAACCCAAUGACGUGACAUACACAGGCGUGCUUGCAUCCUUGCACCGCCAGGUAUGGCCCAACACCGCCCUGGCCGAGGAAAGCAGGAGAUACAUCCUUAAAAGGAUGAAGGAGCGAAACAUCCGGUUUAAUCGGGUGACCUACCACAUACUGAUCAAAGCAUGUUUGGAGAACCCAGAACCAGAAGGAUUGCAAGGGGCAUUGGGCUACUACAGGGAAAUGGCAAACCGGAGAGUCCCGACGAAUUAUGAUACAUGGUAUAUUCUACUACAUGGGCUGAUUUCGAGGGAGGAGUGGGCAGUUGCAGAUGAGAUGGUAGAUGACCUCCUGAGGUAUAUCAAACCGGUUGGGGCAUUGGAGAGCCUGGUUGGUAGAAUCCAACGUCGGACAGAAUAUAAUACGCAUCAUUCAUCGCGAGAAGAAUGUCCAUGCCAAAGGCUUCUCGCCCAUGAAAAAUGACUUGCCGAGACCGACACGAGUAUAACGAUCAUACAGCCAAUAACUACACCUCCUGCCAAAGUACUUGCCCACCCAUGGCAGUAGUAAAACGAGUACAAGUUGCUGAAGCUCUUCUAAACUCUCGUUCCACUCUUUCUGGGCCAAACGGUAGUCUUCAUCAGAAUCAUAUGAUACGUUUGAUGAGGAGUCUGAAGAAUGGUCCGAGCGUGGCAUGCUUUAGUAGUCUGCCUUUGCGGUGUCUUGACGCAAUGUUCUCCAAAUGAAGUAGUCUAAGUUGAUGGUGUUACCAGUGGAGUCACUUGA